AUGACGACUCGUAUUCGCAAAGUGAAAUUUUCUUUAGAGAAGAUGGUCAUGGAUGAUGAAUGGAAGAAUUAUAAGGGGGAUAAGGGAAUUGGAGCCAAAACUCGUGCAGUAAAAUUCUUUAUAAUGAAUGAUGAGAAGUGGGAUAAUAUUGAUUACUUUUGGAAGUUUACGGAACCUAUUGUCGAUAUGCUUAGAGAUGCUGAUCUAGAUGGUCCAAAAUUACACCUUAUUUAUGAUAUGUGGGACUCAAUAAUUGAGAAGGAUAAAAAAAUAAUUUUUGAGCAUGAGGGAGAAAAUCUUAUUUCUGGCCAAUCAAAUUUUUUUAAUUCCAUUCAUGGUGUUCUAGUGGCUAGGUGGAACAAAAAAAACACCCCUUUACAUUGUAUGACACAUUCUUUGGUCCCCAAGUACUAUCAUCAAUCAUGGCUUCAAGGAGAAAAUGAAAUUCAACGGGUAGCUCCUAAUGAAGAUUUAGAAAUUGCAUCGAAUAGAAUAAAGUGUUUUCAAAGGUACUUUGAUUCUAAUCAAAUGACACAAGUUUCAUUGGAGUAUGGAAAAUUUUGUACCAUGGGUGAUUAUUUUGGUGAGCCUCAUGUGAUUGAUAUUAUGGAGUAUGAAGAUCUUCUUUCUUGGUGGGAAAAUCAUGGUGUCUCGACUCCACUUUUGCAACAGUUAGCUUACAAGUUGCUUACUCAACCGGCUUCUUCCUCUUGUUGUGAAAGAAAUUGGAGCACAUAUUCUAUGAUCCACAACAUCAAGAGAAAUAAGUUAGCAACUUCAAGAGUCGAAGAUUUAGUGUUUGUCCAUUAUAAUCUACGAUUGUUAUCUCGUAAGAAAGAGAAAUAUAUAAAUGGGCCAAGCAAGUAUUGGGAUGUAGGUGGAGAUCAAUUUGAAGUUGAGGAUACAAUUAAUAAUUUAACCGAGCUAUCAAUAGAUGAACCUCAAUUGGAAGGAGUGUUUUUUGAUGAAGAAUUUGAAGAUUUGGAAGAAGUUGAAGAAGACGCAGAAGAGUAGUUAACUUAAGUAACUUGAUUGUGGACAUUUCUUUUUGUUCGUUAGUUUUGAAUUAAUGUCUUAAGUUUGGA